AUGUUGAUCUUUCUCCCGUACUUCUGCAUGUUGGCGCUUUUGCAACCCGCCUUGGGACGAGACGCGUCGGAGGAUCCCUCGUUUCUAAGGGCAAUGGAAGCAACGAGCAUCACAAGCCAACGAAGAGAGCUUAUCGGAAAUUGCAAAGGUGACUGUAACUCGGACGAUGAUUGUAAUGGACACCUUAUCUGCUACCAGAGAGAUCCCGGGGAAAGAGUCCCAACAUGCUGCCCAGGCAAAAACCGUGAAAAUGGCAAGGAUUUUUGUGUUACAGAGAGUUGUGCUGCUCACACAGAUGCACAAGAGGACGAUGAUCCCUACUGGCAGCUAGACGAUGACUUUUUCAACAAGAUCAAACCUUGUGAGCCUGGAUGUGAUAAGGAUGAUGAUUGCUAUAAUGCAUAUGUUUGUUUCAAAAGAAACUUUGGAGCUGCCAUUCCCUCAUGUUGUGCAAGUAGAAACUACCCAACUGACAAUGAUCGCAACUACUGUGCAGUGAGGACUUGUAAUAGUAGUGGUGGUAGCUUGUGCUUCUCUGGUGAAACACAAGUCCAUGUUUCAGGUGGCAAAACUGUCUCCGUGAAAGACUUGCAAGUAGGUGACCAAGUCUUGACCAGAAACAGUCAAGGGGACAUGAUCUAUCAACCAGUCUAUGCCUUUGCUCACAGGCACCAGUCCAGACCCACUCAGUUCUUGGGGAUUCAAACAACAACAGCUGGAGAUGCUGAGACGAAAGACAGUGCAGAGUCACCUCUUCUUGAAAUGUCAAGAGAGCACAUGGUUUAUGUCCAGGGAAAGGCCAAGCCCAUUAGAGCUGAUACAAUCCAGGUUGGGGACAUACUACAGGGGAUCUCUUCAAAGCAGCAGCAUGUGGUGACAGAGAUUUCUCCUGCUGCCAGUGAAGGCUUGUAUGCACCAUUGACCCGAUCUGGCACCAUUGUGGUGUCCAAUGGCAUUGUUGCCUCUAACUACAUUGCAAUGCAGGAAAAGCAAACAAACGAUGCUGGCUAUGUCAAUCUCCCUGGAAUUGGCCCUCUGUCAUUUCUCCACCAAGCUGAUGUGGCCCACAUGUGGCUGAGCCCCUUCCGAAUCUUCUGUGGUGAACUUGAGGUUUGCCAAAGUUUCAAUGCUGAUGGGUUCCUCCAUUAUGCUUCAUGGGGGCUGCGCCUGGUUCAUUUCAUGGAACAACAAUCUCUUUGGGCCCAGAUUUUGGUGUUGAUCCCAAUGCUUAUUGUUUUGUCUUUCUUUGCAACACUGGAGCAUGUGCUUGAUAUGGCUGGUAGUUCUCCAACCAUCGUGAUACUGCUCCUUGUUUCUGCUGCAUUGGUUUGGCUUGGUUUCAGACGCCAAAUCAGAAACCUGUCGUUGCUGGGGAAAAGAUGA